GCGAGUUUCUGCGGGCCUGUAAGUGUGGUCGGUGUAGUCUUUGAAAUUCCGGAUGACGUCAGCGCCGCUCCUUCUCCCUGAUUUGACACCUCUGGACAAGAAACCUGCGGUACUUCCGGUUGGAAACCCAGCUCUCCUCUUUUCCAUUGCCUGAGCCAAAAGGAACCUCGAUCACACGCUACUUAGUACUACAGCUAGACAUGUCCGGAUUUACCAACAAACUCAGCUCUUAUUCUAUGACGCAGCUGAACGAGUUGCUCGAAGAUGAUGAGAAGCUCAACAAAAUCGUUGAAGAAAUGGACGAGGUACGGGAUGUGCAGCAGCAGAAGGACGUGACGCUGGCCGGGAACCGCAGCCUGGCCGAGCAGAACCUCCUGCUCCAGCCCGGGCUGGACUGUCAGAAGAACGAGCUCACGAAGCGGUACCGCUGCCUGCAGGAGCUCUUCGAGGCCUACCAGCUCCGCAAGUCCACGCUAGAUCAGAACUCAGGCAGCAGCUCUCUGGACACCCUCCUGGCCCUUCUGCAGGCAGAGGGAGCCAAGAUCGAGGAGGAGACAGAGAACAUGGCAGACUCCUUCCUGGAGGGCAGCUUGUCCCUGGACUCCUUCAUCGAUGACUACCAGAGCAAGAGGAAGCUGGCACACCUCCGGCGGGUGAAGAUCGAUAAGCUGCGAGAGAUGGUCCUGAAGGGCCACAGGCUGCCUCAGGCCCCCGUCCAGACCGCCCCCGUUCCCAGCUCCGGCCCCAGCCCCGUCCCAGACGCCAGCGGCUCCCCCGUGCCCCUGCCCAGGAGAGCGCCCCCUCCCGUGCCUGCCCAGGCGACCUCGCCCACCACCUCCCAGCCGGCCGCCCUCCCCUACCCGACCUGCCCCUACCCCCCUAUCCCGCCGCGGACGGGCAACGUGCUGCCCGGCCCCAUUUCGGGCUACCCCGCCCCUUUCAUCCCGCAGUACCCCCCGGCCCUCCCGCAGAGGCCCCCCCCUCGCCUGGGCCCGCAGCCGGGCUUCAUCAUGCAGUGACAGCCUCCCCCCACCCCCCGGGCCCCAGGGCUGCACCCACCCCAUCGGAAUCACUUUCCUCUCGCCUGCGUCUCAAAGAACAUAUCAGCGCGCAGGGAGCACGACGUCCUCCCCUCUGUCAGGAUGACGUCAGCGUCACCAACCAAUCAAAGAAACCCGUUCACUGGAGCUUAUUUUACGAGGGGGAGAAUCUGUCUGUCUUUUCACUCUAACCCAAUCAAGAGGGAGAGGGGGAUUGAUCUCAUGGUGUCCAUUUUUUUUAAGAAUUUUUUUUUAUAUAUAAAUGUCAUGUUUAUCCCAGGGUUUUUUCAAAUAUGCUGUCGAGGCAUGGCUCCCUCCUCUGUAAAAAUCCCUUUCCUCACUGGCUUUGGUUGUAUUGUCAAUGCUGUGCACGUGAAAAGACGCAAAGAGGCCUGUUUGUAAUGUAAAAUGGCCCAUUUAAUGACUGAAAGCAAACCAAGCUGCAACAUAGCCAGGAGAACUGGUGAAAUAGAGCCAAGACCAGUGGGAAGUGUAUAACAUACCAGUACAUCAUAUGCAAUCCGUUGACUGAGAAUAUACUGUGCUGUUUUCUACAUGUACUAAAAGAAAUGACACAUCACCAUCUUACUUAGAGAGGAUUGAAACAUUUUUGAUCUCCAGGUUUACUGUGCAAACCUGCAACCAAAGAUGUUUUCAUUUUCUAGUACUUCCAUAGUUCAUGUGAUGUUUUAUUUGAAUUCUUUUUUUUGAUAUUUAAAUAGGAAAUGUCAAAUUCUUCCAAUUCAUUGAAAACUGGAUUGUAUUUAUGUAUGUUAUUUGGUGGGGAGAAUUGCCCAGAAUCCGUGGGUAAAACUGCGCACCAUGUGCUCAUAAGUGGAGGUGGAUACUGUGCCAAAUUGGCAUCUUUCUCCCACGUUAAGGAUGCUGAAGUACAUACAUGCAGUGCAAACUUUAGGAGCUGCAUUUCUUUUUUUCUGUCUUGAUCAAUGAGCCUACUUCAGGGAACAUCUUUGCCACCAGAUCUAGUGGGCACCAUGGAGGGGACGGGAUUGUUGUUAAUGAUGAAAAAGGCAAAGAGGGCCCCUGGACAGGGUGCGUGCGGUAGGGUUUGGAGCUGUGCUGCCCCCAGUGCGUGGGGGUGGAAUUGCCUGUGUGAUCUGCAUUGUGGGUCUCCAGGCUGAUGUUAAAAAGCGCCCGCUCUAGGCCACAUUGUCUGCUGUAGGGGAAAUGGGUUAGGAGAGGGCAGGCUUUUACAGGGGAGUGGCAGUAAGACUGCGUCUGUGACCGCAGGCAGAGAUUCACAGAAGCUGAGCUGAGCCUACAAACAGCAUUCGGGUUCCACGUCCAUGAUGCUCAAACUGUCCGAGUGGACAGGGUCUACGGCCAGUGAUGUCACACUGCCCCGAAUCUCCUUCUUCUAUACUAUGCAUAUUGAAAAUCUACAUGUAUGCGGUGCAAAUGGGAGUCAACUUUGUUACGCCGUAGAGUAGUUAUCCACAGAUUCUGAUGCAAAACAUGCAUCCUUUCACAGCUGGCGUUGGCAUUUUUGACUACAUUGCCUUUACUAUACAGCAGAAUGGCCCCUAAGCUGAUAUGAAUAGUGGUUUUGUGUGUACUAAUGAACGUUGAUAAUUCUGUCAUUAGCCAUGCUGGGCUCCCAUCAUCAUGCACAUGCAGCUGUACUGAGCCUCUGUCUGAGUUCACACAGCCAUGAGGUCAGUGCUACACAAUGCCAUAGGUCUCACCUUGUCAAUUUAAGCUUGUCAUUCACAUCCAUCCACUCUGUUGUUGUUCUUACUGAGACCUUUCUGAGCCAUAGUUCUUAUUUUCAAGCACGCCGAUGUGUCAGUUCUUCUUUUCCCUGGCAGCCUGCAUGGUUUGGCUCUGCAGCAUUACUGCCCCCUGCUGGCACGUGGUGAGCCUGCCUUUUGUGGGGGUGAAGGGGGUAUUGCUUAAAACAUUGUUUAAAAAAAAAAAAAAAAAAAAAACAAAGCUUUUACUAAACAUGUGCUGAAUUUCCAAUUUUAGGUUCCCAUGACAAAAUGUGUGAAUUCUGAUCUCGUUUAAAAGCUCUGAAGGUGCGUUGCUGUGGGUGCUUGUUUAUAAGGGAGACGGGGUCUCCAAACUGGUCACUUUGUGCCUGCACCACUCCCUGCUGCAGAUGCUGGUCAGCGUGGCUGCUCUUGUCCCGCUACUCAGCAUUCCCCCAUCCCUCCUCAGCGCAGCUAGUCCCCUGUCCCUGUAAGGCUUUUGCAGGCAGGAUCCUUUAUGAAGACUUCUGCAUUCCUGGUGAAUGUAGGGAAGCCUUUCUGGAAAUGUCUCUGCCACUGCCCCCCUCUCUCCCCCCCAAAUCUCAUUGGCAGUGGCCACGCCCUGUCUCAGUCCCUGGUCUAACCUAGAUGCAGAGAUUGUUAGGGUAGCGAAAGAACAGGACAAAGUUGUGUCUCAUGCCUGUCUCUGUUUAGAGGUUCAGCGUCACUCACGGCACUGUUUGGCUCAGCUACAGUUACAGCCAGCCCCCUGCAGGUGGCGCACUUGAGCAAGUGGACAAGUGGUGCUCUUCAGGUUUUGUGUCCACAAGUCUUGGUACUCUUUCUUUUUUACAGCCAGAUUCUGGUGUUACCAUCUCUUGGGCAACCAGUACUACUCUGUGAAAAAUUUUUGGUCUUUACAACUGCUGGGUUCUCUUGCACUAGCACAUGAUCCUUCUCCCAACAUGAGUUGUCAGUUUAUCUGGCAGUAGUUUGUGUUGUAUCUGUUUGCCUUUAUAAAUAAAGAAAAGAUUGCCAAACUACUUGUGACAAAACCAGUAUGUUAGACAGUACCAUAAAUGUUACACCAGGAAUUACUAGUCCUUUUGUAUGAGUUUGCUUCUUUAGUGAAGUUAUUCAUGAAUCUCUCCUUUUGCUGUAAACAUCAAGUACAAUCAGUGCGUAACACAGAUACCUGAGUAAAAUAUCAAACUCUCAGAAACAGCUGUUUUAUAUGUAAAAUAGUUUCUUGUACACUCCUAAUGUAAAUUAUGUUGAUUGUCAUUGUAACGUUGUGUCGUAUGACUAAUGAAGAUUGUAGUGGGACUGCAGGAGUUACCUCUGGCUAUUUUUAAGGCUAAUCAAUAAAAACUUUUUAUAUCUGUAUAGUAUAUUUUUUGUACUACAUCAUGUCUCCUCAGUGGUUGUCUGUUUGAGCUGACGUCAUGAAUGAUGUACUAAAAUACUGUACACAAGGAGCUUUGUAAAUAGAACAGCAUUAUCCCUCUCAGCAAUUGUUCCCAGUGUGCCAUAUUGGUUUCAGUCUUUGCCUGCAGAACAUUUACAUUGACUCAAUGUGGCUCCAAUUGAAUUCAGCAAUUUUCCUCUCAGACCUUCCCAUACUUCCCACAUAACAGCGUAACUCACACGUGCUGCAGCUGCUAAGUAGGGGUGAGAUGAACAGAGAUGAAAGAGUUUGGGUAUUAGUGCUUUCUCCUUUUCGCAACUUUGGUGAGAGGCAGUUUACUUCAAGCUACAUUUGUACAGUAUUGAUAACUGAAAUAUUACAGGGGUAUAAUUGGCUGCCAUAAUUUUGAGUAGAAAUAUGGUGAAAAAGAGUUUAAUUUCUCACUAGUUCAUUCACAUCAGCCUUCACCUUCAAACUGCAUCAGAAGGGCUGCUCUAAUGGUGGGUUGUGUACUUUCUACUUUUAGCAUGCCAGACAUUUAUUUCCGAAACUACAUCUUCACCUCCCCCCUCCAUGAAUUCAUUGAAUGAAAGCAAAUGGAUACCUUCGUAUCAGGGGAGAAAAAGUCUGUUACUUUUGUGCUUUCCCUGGCUCUGUUCUGCUCUUAUUCUCAGUCUCGGUGCUCCUCCAUCUUAAAUGAAGAUUUUGUGUAAUAAAACAAAUAAUUGUGGUAUCAAAAAGUAGCCCAUUCUAAAAUGAAGUCUGCCAGUAUGAUGUUUCGAUAGCCAAAGAUUUGAAUACACUGGUUAAAAUUGCCUUCGGUGAUAAAGCCAAAAUGAAAAUGACUGUCUCUGGUAAAUUUGUUUAUGAAUGAUCUGUAGUAUUUUUCAGCAGGACAUGUUACUAAAGAGACUGAGCCACAGGUGAAAAUGCAUUAACAGUAUAUGAAAUUUGUCCUCAGAAGUAAGGCCCUUUGCUGUUUUUGCUAAAUUACAGUUUGCAUUCACUCAUAGUCAUAGUAUUGAAGAGCAUAAAGCAAAAAAAAUGGUGAUGUUAUUAUUCAUGGAUACUCACAUGCAGCUAGUCAGUGUCAUAUGAAUAUGUCUGAAAAUAUUUUUCCCCUAUACUUGUUACUGGAAAUAUUUUACAAAGAAGCAGCGUUCAACAGAGCAAAGGCAGCCCUAGAGUCAUUACCACAGAGGCGUCUGACCACUCUAUGUCAGCAUUUCUCUUGAUUUGAUCAAACAUCUUUACAACCAGCAAAAAAUCCAUAGCAACCUGAUUGCAAUCCAUUCUUGCAUACAGAGAGAGAGCGAGAGAGACAGAUUAAUAUAAUUUUUAAAAUGUGCAAGUACCAGCGAGGUACUAAAUAAUGUCAGCUCUCACUGUAAAAGUGGAGUCAUAUUGCAUACCUCUUUGACUCAAAGGGAGAGUAUCGGUGGGGAUGCAUAGAGUAUUGUGUGUUUAGGGUUGCUACAGGUGCUGAAAUAGGAGAAUGGGUUGCUAUAGAUGUGGUCCUAUUGUCCACUGACAAACAGAGAUGGCAUAUCGGGGGAAAGGAGUCAUAUGCAUGUUUUGUGUGCUUCUAUAUACUGAGGAACCAUUUAACAGUGGAGCUGCUACUGGACAAAAAUCGCAUCACGUCUAUCCUGUACACAGGGCCUGCAUGUCCAUCAAAAAGGUGACCCAGUAGCAAUUUAUGUGAUUGCUUAAUAACUUUGCUGUAACCAAAAUUGCCCUAAAUAUAUCACGAGAUACUCCGUAACAGACGUGUUCCUGGGCAUUACAAAUAUUUUAAGCAGGAGCCGUCUUUGAUAUUAUUGAACACGUGUACUCAAAUUACGUAUACUACACGCGCCCUAAUUGCUGGCCUUCCAAAAGGCCAAAAC